AUGAAUGUGACGGAGUUGAAUACGGAGCUAUUUCCAACAACAACAAUGAUGCCGAUGACUACGGACGUGAUUCCGACAGAAGCAGGCACAGGCGUUAGACCAUGGCUGUUAGGUUUUAUUAUGGAGCGAGCAGCGGUCAAAGGCAGCUUCUGGCAGGGUUUCGUAGCGGCGCUUUCCGUGGUGAUUGUCUCAGAGCUUGGAGACAAGACUUUCUUCAUCGCAGCCAUUAUGGCGAUGAAGCAUCCCCGGAUAAUAGUGUUCGCUGGUGCUAUAUCCGCCUUGGUGUUCAUGACGAUAUUAUCAGCCGCUUUCGGCUGGGUAGCGACAGUCAUACCCAGGGUGUACACGCACUACAUAAGCGCCGCAUUGUUCGCGAUCUUCGGUUUAAAGAUGCUAAGGGACGGGUGGAAGAUGGAUCCUAAUGAGGGACAAGAAGAGCUGGAGGAGGUUCAGAGUGAGUUGAAGAGGAGAGAGGAUCAGGACGAAAAAGAAGAAACUCUCGAUAUGUUGGAGCAAGGUCAAGCAGAAAAUAGAAGGAGAAAACGUAACGCUGUGAUAAAAGUCUUAUUGCAAGCUGCUUCAUUAACUUUCCUUGCGGAAUGGGGAGACAGGUCGCAGCUGGCGACAGUUGUUUUGGCGACCAGGGAAGAUGCUGUAGGUGUAGUAGUGGGUGGAUCUCUUGGACACGCACUUUGCACUGGCCUCGCUGUGAUAGGCGGCCGUAUGGUCGCCCAAAAGAUCUCAGUAAGAACUGUAACAAUAAUCGGAGGUGUUGUGUUCCUAUUCUUCGCGGUGAGUGCAUUAAUUAUCGGUCCCGGUGAAUAG